UCGAAGCAAUUUGUGCAAAUAUUAACUAGCUGGUCGGCCACGAUCGUAAUAGAUUGUUGUGGCGUAUAAAAGAAUCAUUAUUUAAAGAAGAAAAACAAUUGGCAACUACUGAGGAGUAGUAGACUUAAAGAUGAAUAAUUUCUACCGGUUUUGUGUUGCUGUUUUCUGUUUAAUAGUGGCACAUGCUUCUGGCAAGGUUGAAGAUGCAGGGCUUUUAGAUUAUGAACCACAAAUUGCCAUUAGCUGCGAAAAGGUUGCAAAACAUAUCGAUGUUAAAACCGGAGUUUGGACUGAUGAUUUACUUAAAGAAAAGUUUUGUUCCACGGAACCAUCAGCAAUUCUUAAGUUUUGUCAAUCGACAUACCCUAAUAUUGACGUGACUAAUAUUGUUGAAGCAAAUGAAAAUGUCACUAUAUGUUCUGGAAAGGAUUGUCAGUCAUCAUAUUCGGUUGUUCCUUACAGAUGUCUCGUUGGUAAAUUCGAAGCGGAUGCGUUAAGCUAUCCUUUCGACGCAAAAUGUGACUUCGGUUAUGUUCACGAGAGCAAAACGUGCAAGAAUCAUGCCUAUUGGAAUGAACGGGCAAAACAAAUUUGCAGCGGGAAACAAAAAUAUCUGGAGAAAUAUGGCAUCCUCGUGCCGUGUGGUACAGACGUGUUCACCGGUGUGGAAUACGUUUGUUGCAAGGAAAAAGGUGCAGCAAAUAUCGCAGAAGACAAAAAGCCAGAAAGAGAGGAACAAAAAAGUGAUCAUGAAAUUCUGAAUGAUUUGUUGAAUACAUUUGCUUCUCAUAUCCCUAAAAAGAGCAAAGGUUGCGAUCGCUCUAUUUAUAACACGAAGACGGACCUUGUUCGUCAAGAGAAAAACGAGAAAGUCAAAGACGUGGCUAAGAAUUUGAAUGAAGCUAAAGCCCGAAUGGAGGAAUUGAAGAAAGAUGAUCCGGAUCAAGCACAGGCUCUCUUCAAAAAAACCCUGCAAAUCUUCCAAGGCACGUUGAAGAAUAUUGAAAACCAGGCAAAACUUGACAUGUCCCGAUUGAACCAGGAAAAGAAGGAAUGCGCUCAGAUGAGUCUGAAUCACAAGAAACAUCUGGCGAUGAGCGCUUUUGUAGACGCGGUGCGUCAACACGUGGAUAAGCCAGACAAGAUCAUCAAAACUUUCCAACGCUUCAUGCGCGUCUUAGAGAACGACCAAAAUCAAAAUAUGCGUGAACUAUCCAAGAAGCUUAACGGAAAGGGUUCUAAGAAAAUUAUGUCGAUAAGGGACUUAUUCUUGAAACAUUUGAAAGUCGUCAAAACAUCGCUGAAUGAAGGUGUUGAUAUCUUGAGGAAGGUUGCAUCUGUCCAGGGCAAGAUUAAGUUUGAUUUACCAACGUUUGCACGUGAUAUCGACUUCGAGUUCGCACACGAGCCAAAGACUACACCCGCACCACCAACAACAGCAGCACCGGCUAGUGAAAAGCCGAGCCAAUCUAAAAAGAAUAAAAUGCAAUCUGACGCUGAAGGUGAACAUGACUCGACCCAUGCAACUGACGAUAUGCCAAGAAAAUCCAAACCAGCAAAACCCAAACCAUUGAAGGAGAAGGACGAUGAUGGUAAACACCAUCACAGAGAUCACCCGCUGAAAUCACGAGCGGUGUUCGCUGCUGUUAUUGGUCUGAGUUGCGGAGCUUUGGUCAUCAUGAUUGUCAUCGUGCUUGCGCUAUUCUUCAGAAAGGGGUCCUCCAAGCGUAACACCAAGACAGUCAUAGCCGACGACGAUUGCCAGGAAAAACGUCAUCUUAUGAAGAUGCAAGAAGACGGAUUCGAAAAUCCCACUUAUAAAUUCUUCGCCAAUUAAAAUUUAUAGACUUUGAAAUAUUUUCACGCGUAUACAAGAUGUAGAAUUUUUGUUUCUAUUUAUAACACAGCUGGUGUGAAAUCCCGUAUUUCGUAUAUAUUUCGUUUAAACUGGCAAAUGCUCUCAUGUAAUCGAGGAUGUAUAAUUUAAUUGAUUUCUAAGCAUUACAGUAUAAUACACAAGCACAUCUGCCAGUCCUUUUUAGAUUAUUAAGUAUAAGUAGAAUUAUAUUUAUUGAUUCCAUAUAACAUAUAUAUACAUGCAUGGUAGUUUGUUUGACAUGGUAGUAAGUCGGUAAAUCAAAAUUUGAUGGUUUACCUAAUGACUUGUUAUAAUGUAUUGUUCAUUUGUAGUCAGACGCCUUCCAAUAAAUAUUUUAGUGUUUAGUU